ACACCGACGGCUGACCCCGUCGACAAUGAAACGCCUGAUAGCCGCGGAUAUCUCGGUCGGCUAGAGUAUCUAGGAGUGGCAGCAGCCCAGGCGAAGGGAACCACCGAGGCACCGGCGUCGGAAAACAUUCUAUCUGCAGAGGAAAAAGCCAUCCUCAAGGUCCACCGCGCCUUCGAUCUGCCUCCGCCGGCCAUCCAGCAAUCUCUCAUUGAUACAUUCAAAACCUACUGCGCACCCUGGACGCCCAUUGUGGAAAACAGCUGGCUACGCGAGCCCAGGUCCAACCCGCCAUCUCUCCUGCUAUUACAGAGCGUUUUCGUGGCCGGCAGCCGACUCGCAGCCGCUCCGCACAUAUCAGCUUCGUCAGAGACCUACUACCGCCGGGCCAAGGCUCUGUUUUUCAGUAGCUAUGAAAAGAACCCCAUCAUCAAGAUCGCGGCGGCCUGUUUGCUGAACUGGUUCAACCCAUCCGCGCCAGAAGAGGUCUCCCUAGAUAGCAGCAAUUUCUGGCUUCGCGUGGCUGUCAGCGUAGCCUACCAAAUUGGUUUGCAUAGAGAGCCUACGAGAGGAAAGUUUGCAAGCUAUCGGCGAAGGCUUUGGUGGACACUAGUGGCGCGAGAUUGUCAAAUAUCUGCAGCCCAUGGCAGGCCGAGAGCCAUCAGUCUAGAAGACUCGGAUGUGGCACCAUUGUCUGCGCGAGAUUUCCCUGCGCAUAAUAACAAUGCAGAGUUUUUCAUGGCCCAUGUCAACAUCUCCCUGAUCAUGGGCGACGUAACUCAAACUUAUUUACGACACCAGCUCUCGCCGCUGAAGCGGAGAGAAAUUCGGAAUGCGCUGUAUUGCUGGGUCACUGAACUCCCAGACAAAUUAUGUCUCUUCAGCCAGGGACCCGCUCGGCGCCUGAAUCCGUACAACAUGUGCACGCGCAGUCUGUACAUACCCUACUUUGUAACAGUACUGAUCCUAUACCGAUCCGUGACACCACACGAGAUAUCCACAGCCAUUGCAGCCGUCGCAUCGUCUUUUAUCUGCGGGAUCUUCGAAGAGUUCCUCGCCCGCGACGAGUGUCGCUUCUUGGCUGCAGGGUUCAAAUUCUACGCUUUCGCAGCAGGCGUGGCGCAGCUGAAUGCACGCUCAUAUGUUUCGCUGCAGUCUGAUAUCAGGCAGGAAGUUGAGACCGUGAAAAAUGCGCUCAUGGCGCACGCGGAACGCUGGCCGUCGGCGAAGAAUAACAUUCGCAUUCUGGAGAAUAUCAGCAAGACAAUGCCGACACAGGCGCAGCAGACUGAUCAACUGCCUGUCCUUCCUAGCCACCAUGAUGCAUUCCCGUUGUUCCGCGCGUUUGGCCCAGAGCUGUGUCACAUGUGGUACUUGGUUGAUCCGAAGAGUGCCGCUGCACGCAACGAGAAUAUGGGGAAGGUUCCCUGGCAGACUGCUGAGUUCUCAGAGACUCCGGUGCAACCGGGCUCGAGGGGGUCGCAAGCCGGGUUACCGAUGGCGCCUCAGCCGCCUUUCGCCCCUGGUGGCUUUGCGGACCCGUUGACUUCCUUGCCCAUGGUCGAUACUCAAAGUCCCGAUCUUACUAUGGACUCCAGUAUCUGGACCUGGCCCGUGCUGAGCGGUAACUGGCUUCUUGAUGGGUUACCUGGUGGGUAUCCUUCGGGAGAAGGGUGGGAGUAG